CACGAUUCCAUCGCGCUUUUUCUAUCAUAUCAUGGCCCAGUCUCGGCUGGAAGAGCUUCCUAUUAAGGUGCAGCAGACCAUAACGUCUAUGCUCCCUGAUCUUGAGUCUAUAAGAUCGAUAGCCUUGGCCAGCCCCUCGUGGUACCGCGCGUUCGCCAAUUCCGAGCUGUUAAUCACGAGCCAGAUCCUGGAAGAUGAAGUGGACUUUGACGUCCUCCCUGAAGCCACUGCAGCGUUAGACUCCUCUCGUAUAUCGCCGUGGACCCAGCAACAAAUACAAGAGUUCGUCUCCCAGCAUCUCCAUAGUCGAAGAAUACCCCCGCAGAAGUGGACACUCCCGGACGCUCUCCUCCUCAGCAACCUCCAUGAUCAUGUCUAUUGCUUCACGAUGGAUUUUGUCUCCAAGGCACUGGGCAAGUCCCCUUGCCCGACUGACCUUGAGCCCGACCAGCCAGAACUAUCGCAAAACGAGAUGGCUCGCAUUAUACGCGCCUUCUAUCGAUUUGAGAUAUACUGUAACAUAUUCCGCAAUCCACACCGUACUCUCUUUAGCGUCGAACAGCAGCGGAGCAUCUUUUUCUCCAAUUUCUCACUCUGGGAGAACGAACAGCUAGCAUGCAUUCACGAUUAUCUCGUCAGAGUUGUAUCUCCAGCCUUUAAUGAUAUUGCCGAACAUGACGUUGCAUGGGGCAAGUUUUCUGUUGAAUACGGAGACAAAAUAGACUCUAGGUUUAUUCAGCACCUUUUGUCCCUUGGUUUAGAAGAUCUCCACCAAAUCGCCUUAGCUGAAGACUACGAAGAACGACGCGAGCUCAUUUAUUACAGGUAUCCACCGCGUAACGCCCAAUUUCUUUACACGGGGCUGAAGAUGGCCAACGAACCUGACGAUGGGGCUUUUCUCUCCGACUACACCCAGGACGAAGAGCUUGCCCACAUCAAAGACCCAUUUGCCCAAGACUCUGACACAGGCCCGUCCGAUGCAUGGCGCUGGGCACACAAAGGCGAGACUUGCUCAAAUUUUGUCAAUUCUGACUCGCGACAACUACUGCGCGAGUGGGGAUAUGUCAUGUGGGACCACGCUCGACUAGACAACUGGGGUAUCUUCGAAAUGCCUUGGGAGGCACCGGACACAUCGGCUCGUGCAGAUGCAGAAAGAGAACACGUCGCUAAAAUGCAAGCAUCCUUUGAUCGAAGGUCAGAGAUAUUUAAGGCUAGGGGAAGAGGCUGGUGGAGUUUCGAGAAUGAGGGAGGUGUCAUUUGGCCCCGUGAGACGCGGGAUACUCGCCGUUGGCCACCUAUAUGGAGACCGCGGCAAGUUAACUCACUCAACGAGGCCCGUACCUUUCUUACUUCGCUGGCCUCUGGCUCGGAAGAUCCAGCCUUUCAUCGACGCCAUCAGCAACGUUCACGUUUUUGGGGGUUUUCACUUCGGAACUAGCAAGUCCAGCUAUUCACAUUGCGCGAUUCUUGAUUUUUUUUGAAGCUAUCUCUCUCGUGGAAAUCAAUCCAAGCUUCGUUUGAUUAUAGGGGUAUUAUAGGGGCACCUCGGGACGUAUCAUGGAACGCGAGGACUAGGCGCUGGCUCUGGGUGCUAAAAUUUGUCCACCAAAUGGACGUUGGAGGGAAAUAAUAAUGGUAUCGACGGUCAAUGGAGUUGGCUUUGCCGUGUGGUUAUAGUGUUGAUAUACCCAAAAUCGCAGAAUCUGAAGCACUGAUUCACUAG